AUGAAGAAAGUCAUCUUAACUAAAGCGGGAAACGAAAACACCACUGUCAAAAUUUUGCCAUGCAGAAUUGAUUACUCAGGCCCAGCUAAUACAGAAGAUUAUUUGCCUGAAGAAGACUGUGGCUCUCUUUAUGGCCGAAAACUCAAUGGAGCCACAAUCCCUAUGCCAGAUGGACUAAUUGGAAAUAUAAUUGAGGUUCGUCAGCUCCCAGAUACUAAAGAACUCACCUCUAUCGCCGAAUUCAACAAUAUACAAUACUGAAACUAUGAUCAGCCUGCUGAUAAAAAUGACCAAUUACCGCAGCUGCUUAAUUAUAUCGAAAUUUUAUCAUCCCUGCACAACGCCUAA